AUGGCAUUUACAAUCGAUUGGUCAUCUGUUAUUAUUUAUUAUUGUCAAAUUCGAAGUUUUUUUAGUUCAACAGGUACUUUCGGUGCAAUAAUAAUAUUAUGUUUAGCUAUCAUUGAUCAAUAUUUUGCAACUUGUACUCGUAUACGACGGCAACGGUGGUCAAAUAUAAAAGUAGCGCAUUGUUUAACUCUGAUUGUUUCUAUUAUUUUGACAGCACAGGGAGUAUUAUAUAGUAUAUAUUUUCGACAAAUAUCUCCAGUAAAUACAGCUAUUUGUAUUUCAGUUAAUCAUAAUUUUCUUCUCUAUCAUACUUACGGAUAUUUCCUUGUCUUGGGUAAUCUUUUCCCAUUAAUUGCAGUUAUUUUUGGAAUAAUGGCUUAUCGAAAUGCUCGAACAUUAACAACUCGAGUCAAUCCACUUGUUCGACGUGAAUUAGAUAAACAAUUAACAAUUAUGGUUCUUGUCGAAAUUUGUGUUUAUGUUUGUACCCAAAUACCAUAUUCAAUUACGAAUGGAUUUAUAUCAUUAAGUACAGAUCAUGAUCCUGUUUUUGUUGCACAAUUCAAUUUAAUUAAUGCUAUUACACUUACUAUUAAUAUUUUAUCAAAUGGAAAUUCAUUCUAUACUUAUUUUUGUGUAUCGAAACGAUUUCGUCGACAAGCUAAAUAUGUCCUAUAUGAUUUUUAUAUAAAUCAUAAUCGACAAAAUCAAGUUCAUCCAAAUCAACCAGAAGGUCUUGCUAUAAAUGAUAUUGAAUAA